UUGAAUACAAGAUUAAUUUUUAUCUCCAAUUUUAAGUUUGAUCUCCAUUUUGUUUAGGAAGGAGUUCUAGAUAAAAAUGUUAAGUUUUCUUGAGAUGGUUUGGUUUGCAGUUGGAGCUGGGUUUCUCUCCCUCCUCUACUUACUCAACUUUCCACGGGUUGGAAGGAGGGAGGCGGAUCAAAAUAUCAAGGAUUUAAUGAAUAACAACACAAAGAUACAGGGGAUACAAACCAACCCAACCAAGAUACAUAGGAUGGAUACACAGAUUGGGAGCAAAGUUAAAGGAAGUUCCAGCUCUUCCAGCUUAUCGAUAGAAGAUGAAAUGAAUGAGGACGGGACGGAUAGGACUGAUGAGAAUAAGGUUCUAAAAGAUAAGAUUAAAGAACUGGAGACAUCCUUGAAACUUCAUAAGCGUGAUCUGGCAUCUCUGAAGGAAGAAAAAUCCUUGAAAGUGGAGGAAUGUGAGAAAUGUUUAACUACGAGUUCGGAGCUAAAAACUCAUAAACUAAACCAAACCCAGCUGAGACAGCUGAAUCUAAACCUGGAGAAGAAAAUUGGAACCUUGAAGCUUGAGCUCUCAGAGCAGCAGGAGGAGAAUAGAAAACUAGAGAUCUUGCUCUCAGAGCAACAACAUAUAAUCAAGCUUGCUCUCGUCAGAAUAGUUCCACAAAAUGAUCAGAAAAUUACAUUUUGCCAGGAUCACAAGAGAACUCUGGCUGGGUUCGCAGAACGGAGCAAUUUGCAACAAUCUGCACAGAUUUCUGCACAUAAAUACCUGAACUAAAUUAAACAAGUAAUCUUUAAACCAGUUUUCUGUUGAAAAUUUUUAACAAAAACUACUUUUAGCUAUUCGACUUUGAUACCUUGUUUUUGUUGAUAUUACAAAAAGUCAUUAAAGAAGACUAUUUUUGUUUGUAAAAUUUACGUACUUUACCAAGUUUGAAAUAUUUUUAUUCGUUCUUUGCUUUUUAUACUUAUAAAUGAAGAUAUCACAAUUUUUUAAUUUUUGUAAACAAUUUGUGAAAAUACAAAACAAUAUUUGAUAUUCUUAGACACAGUAUAGUAGUUGAUGCCAAGCCUCAAUUCUGAACGGAUUUUCGUUGUUUGGACAUAAAUAAGAUUGAUAAAAAAUAAGAUUUUAUAUGAUUUAUUUGCAAAUUAAUGAGGCAACAAAAAUGGUAUCAAGUUUGUAAAAAAUAUUUUCAAGUUUUAGGUUUGAGAACUCCUCUGAUGCAUUUUAAUUUUUUUUUUACAGAUUUCAACCAUUUUUUUUUUUUUGGAGUCAUCAACACAGCUGACAUGUUCAAUCUAAUUUUGCAAACAAGAUAAAGAAAUAUUUUUUUUCAAACUAAAGUCUUUUGAUUUCCUGUACUUUAAACGUGAAAUAAUAUGCUACAAACAUGAUAAAAGAUUACUUUUUUCAAAUCUAAUUUUAAUGUCCAAAAAAAGCAACUGAUUUAGAAAUAAAGCUGGCCAUCAGCUUCUGGGUUGAGACACCCUGUACAUACACAAUUACAACAGGCAGUUCCUUAAACAGUUAUAAUUCUGAAAAAAUGUAAUAAACACUUUAGGAAACAAUAUUUGUACAUUUGUCUUUCCAUGCCAUCUAGCAAACUCAUUUUUACCCAUUUUUGUUGACUAAAAUGUUGUCAAUUUAAUCAAUAAAUAUCAGAAAAAUGU